AUGGCCGAAACGCUACACAACGCCCCGAUUGUCCUAGACAACGGCUCGGGAACCAUAAGAGCGGGAUUCGCCGGAGAAGACGUACCCAAAUGCUGCUUUCCGUCAUGGGUAGGUCGGCCGAAGCAUACCAGGGUGCUAGCCGGUGCCUUGGAGGGGGAGCUCUUUAUCGGCGAGAAGGCGGCGUCCGAGUACCGGGGGCUACUUAAAAUUCGGUAUCCCCUCGAGCACGGCAUAGUUACGGACUGGGACGACAUGGAGAAGAUAUGGGAGUAUGUGUAUACAGAAGGCCUGAAGAGUCUGAGCGAAGAGCAUCCUAUCCUCCUCACCGAACCCCCCCUAAACCCCCGCAGCAACCGCGACACCGCCGCCCAGAUCCUCUUCGAGACCUUCAACGUCCCCGCGCUCUACACCUCCAUCCAGGCCGUUCUGUCACUAUACGCGAGCGGGCGGACGACGGGCAUCGUGCUCGAUGCCGGCGACGGAGUGUCGCAUUCCGUGCCCGUGUACGAGGGCUUCGCCAUGCCGAGCAGCAUACGGCGCAUCGACGUCGCCGGACGAGACGUUACGGAAUAUCUGCAGACGCUCCUCCGGAAGAGCGGGUAUGUCUUUCAUACGAGCGCCGAGAAGGAGGUUGUUCGCCAUAUCAAGGAGACGGCGUGUUAUAUAUCACGCGACCCGAAGCGCGAGGAGAAGGAGUGGGUAGGAGGGAAACAUGACUCUGGGAAGAUGUUUGAGUACACACUACCAGACGGCAAUAAGCUCCAGCUCGGCCCAGAACGCUUCAGAGCCCCCGAAAUCCUCUUCGACCCCGAAAUCAUCGGCCUCGAAUACCCCGGCGUGCACCAGAUCGUCAUCGACGCCAUCGGCCGCACCGACAUGGACCUGCGGAAAUCCCUCUACAGCAACAUCGUGCUCUCGGGCGGCAGCACCCUCACGCGCGGCUUCGGAGAUCGCCUCCUCAGCGAGAUGCAGAGGCUCGCCGUCAAGGACAUGCGGAUAAAGAUCUUUGCGCCGCCCGAGAGGAAGUAUUCGACUUGGAUUGGGGGGAGUAUUUUGGCGCAGCUGAGUACUUUUAGGAAGAUGUGGGUGAGCAUUGACGACUGGCACGAGAACCCGGAUAUCAUCCACACGAGAUUCACUUGA